AACACUUUUCCUUCUUUUCCCCCAACUCACCCAACAUUACAUACACAACCAACGAGACAAAAGAAAGAGGCAAAUCAAUGGCUCCAAGAGAGAAGCCCACCCAAUCCGUGAACCAAAACCCAAACGCCUCCAAGGAGAUCCGUUACCGCGGCGUUAGGAAGCGUCCCUGGGGCCGAUAUGCGGCCGAGAUCCGGGAUCCGGGGAAGAAGACCCGGGUCUGGUUAGGCACUUUCGAUACAGCUGAAGAGGCGGCGCGUGCAUACGACGCUGCCGCACGUGAGUUCCGCGGCGCCAAGGCCAAGAUUAAUUUCCCUUUCUCAACUGUGGAGUUCGCCCGCAGCCCCAGCCAAAGCAGCACCAUUGAUUCCUCCUCUCCUCCGCCUGAGAUAACGCACCUCGACCUCACUCUUGCCAGUAACCCUAACCUCUUCGGCGGCGCGUAUUUCGCCCCUCCGACGGUUGCCCACCCAACAGCCUUCUUCGACUCCUCCGCGCCGCUCGUAGGCCGUUACGGUUCUGUUAGUCCGACAUUUAAGGCGGCUGUUGGAGGCGGGGCCCACAGCGACUCUGAUUCGUCGUCAGUCGUUGAUUUUGAAAAUUUGGGUCAAGAUCUGGAGCUUGGUGGUCCAUGUAAAUCCAAGAGUGAAGGAUCAUCGCUGGAUCUUGAUCUUAACCUGCCCCCACGUGAAUUGGCCUGAUCAUACACCCGGCUUUUGUUUGUACGGCGAUGGAAUAUUUAUGAAACGACGUCGUUUGAUUGCUAUUUUCUUUCACGUAACCGCAAGAGCAGGAUUUUGUACAUAGACAUAACUGAGGAUGUGCGACUGUGUGUGUCGUUUGUUUUUUGCAACUGAUGAGGAACUUUGAUUUUCUCAUUGUUGUUCGUUCGUUACUCUUUAACGUUAAACAUGUUUUAGUUAUCCUCUUAUCAAGAUCAAAGAUCCUCUUGUCAGUUGGAUCUCGUUUGUCUGCUGAGAGAAAACAAAGGAAAAUGAACCCAAAUUUUUUCUCUUUCUGAUUAAUCAAAUGGAAUCCAUAAUCUUGGCCAUAA